ACAAAACAAAUUGAUCUCAAGGACAUUUUAUUUGAUGUCAUAAUUAGAACGUCAAAGUGGAAUGUUAAGGCUUGACGGUGUAAUUUAGUUUUAGUGGGUAGUUUGGAGUGAGACAGUGCGUUUGUUUCAUCAUGGGUCAGCGAAUUUCUUGUCUGAAUAUAGCGACAGAGUCGGAGUGUGUGUACAGUUUACAUCCUAGUACACCACUUCAGUUAAAUAAUGACACGCCUUGUCUUGAAAACCAUCAGCUUGAUGAGAGCCGUGUUGUUCCUUGUGAGGAAGAUGGAGGGAGUGGGGUGACGGAGAAAAAGAAAGUGAAGAAAAAAUUGAGUUUUUGGAGAAAGCUGUUCCGCUUUUCACGCCCAAGAACUGGAAGGGGUGAAAAGGUGGAGCAGGUGGACAGUGAGAAGGUGAAGCCAGUCACCGAAGCAGAACCUUCUACUGAUGGUAAAUCCCUUUAUUUUUUCUGUGACUGAAAAAAAAAUGAAUAAAAAUGAUCCCCAUAGCUUUAAAAUAUUGUCUCUGCAAAUAUAUGUAUUUGUAAAAGGAUUGAAACGUUUAUGUGUGUUUUUAUUAAAGUAAAUGUUGAAUGUAUGUUCCCCUCUUUAGAUCAAACCUCAGUAGGAAACAUCUCAAGCCCUGUUGAGCAUCAUGAAUCCCAGCAAGCUCCUAACAGCCUUGAGGUUCCUUCCUCCAUCACUGACCAGCAAAUACAGGAACAGUGUGAGAAUGUGGAGCUGGAGGAAGAAACGUCUACUGAUGAUCCAACUUCAGUGGAGACCAUAUCUUCUGUAGAGAGUUAUGGUCCUCAGAACACUCCCAACAGUAGUUUUGAGAUUCCUCUCUUCACUGUUGACGAGCAAAUCCAGGAGUUUCCAGAUGAUCUGUCAGAGGAAGAAACUGUGUGUCCUCUGGCAGAAAACCCAAGCCAAGACAUGGUCUUGAUUAUUGGGAGCAUGUGCUGGACCUACAACAUGGGUGAGCUACUGGGAGAAGGAGGAUUUGGUGCCGUAUAUGCUGGUGUCCGUGCCCAUGAUGAUCUUCCGGUGGCAAUCAAGUUUGCCAAAAAAAUGGAGGGCAUGGAAUAUCUCUACGUUCCUGGCCUUCCAGAACUUGUACCACUUGAAAUCGGCCUCACACUUAUGGCAAACAAGGGUCCCAGCUUACCCAACAUAAUCGAUCUGCUGGAUUGGCAGGACUUUCCAGACCAUUAUAUAAUGGUCCUGCAGCGCCCUUCACCAUGCCUGAGUGUGUUCAAGCUGUUGGAGAGCUGUGGCAACAUCUUUGAAGAAAGGUUUGCUCGGUAUGUGAUGCGCCAGGUUAUCGAGGCAGCUGAGACCUGCUGCCGGCGCGGAGUAUUCCACAGAGAUAUAAAAUUGGAGAACUUGAUCAUCAACACACACACCAUGGAUGUCACACUGAUUGACUUCGGUUGUGGAAACCUGUUCCAUGAAACAGAGUACCACACUUUUAGUGGUAUGUACAGUAUUAAAACUUUAGUGUCAUGACACACAAGCUGCUGAAUACAGUAAAAACAAACUGUUGUAACUCAGACAUGCAAAUCUCUUUCCUCCAGGCACAGAGAUGUACUGCCCUCCAGAGUUUUUCGAAACGGGCAAAUACUUUGCACGGCCAGCAACUGUGUAUUCGCUUGGAGUGCUGCUAUACACUAUGGUGUGCGGAUAUAUGCCAGACUACACGGAUCGGGAAAAGAUGCAGCACUGGCUCUGGUAUCUGCCGUCCUUGUCCUGUGGUAAGAACUUGAAAAAAUUGUAACAAUCAUACAAAAAAGUGUAUUACAAAGCCACUUGGCUCAGCUGUCCAAAAUGCCAUCAGGAGAUGUAAAGGAUGUUUAAAGUAAUGGUCAAACAUUAAUCCUGUCUUUCAGAAU